GCCAACGAUCGAUAUGGAAAUGUCAUAAGACGAUGGUGGCAGACGGCUGAAAAACUUGUGGCAUGCAAACUUCUCGAAACUCCGCAAACUCAAAAAUUCUUGGAUCAGCUUGUACUUUUAAAUAAGCUAAAUAGUUGUUCUACAUGGCAAGAUGAUCCUCUCCUUCGUCCUGGUCUUUAUAAAAUGUUUUUGGAUCUUGAGCUGUUACAUAGAAAAAAUCCCAGGGAUGGUGAAUUAAAACCUCUCAAGUAUAAUGAUGAUGAUGAGGUGAUUGCUGUCUUUCCGGAAGUUGAAUCCAACAUAGGUGUUAUCGAAGAUGAUUUAUUUGGUCCCAACACCAAAAUCCUGUUUCCAGUAAGACCAAUACUUAAAUUUCAAGUCUUCAAGUUGGAUGUACGCGAGAAAGAGCAAUGCAUUUCUGUAUAUUCUGCUUUGGCCUAA